AAACAAACUACUCUUUCAAAAAAUUUUCGCCUCCACUCGUCACACACACUAGACGGAUGCUUGGUUGGUAGCAUAUAGUACACGCUACCAGCCAAAAAAAUCCUCAGCUCUUUCACGCUUUCCACAAAUCUUGCUCUCGAUCUCUCUUUCUAUUCUCUUUCAUUCUUUCUUCAUCGGUCGCCAGCUUGAAGAAAGAUGAGUUUCUCAGUUGUUCAAGGUUUUUCGAAGUCGCUGGCGAUGACUGUCCUAUCCGAAAUCGGAGACAAAACAUUUUUCGCCGCCGCGAUCUUGGCGAUGCGCCAUCCCAGAAGACUAGUUUUGUCUGGUUGCCUUUCAGCUCUAAUUGUAAUGACUAUCUUUUCUGCUCUUGUUGGCUGGGCUGCUCCAAAUCUGAUUCCGCGUGCAUGGACUCAUCAUAUCACGACAUUACUGUUUUUGGGUUUUGGACUAUGGUCGCUGUGGGAUGCAUUUCAUGAUGGGGAGGCUGAAGAAUUGGCUGAAGUUGAAGCAAAACUGGAUGCUGAUUUAAAAGCCAACGGUGGAAUAACUAAAGACAAGAAUAAGAUUGAUGAUGAUUUGAAGAAGCAAAAGCAGCCAAUUCUUGCUCAAUUCUUCUCGCCCAUCCUUCUGAAGGCAUUUUCUAUUACGUUUUUCGGGGAAUGGGGUGACAAAAGUCAGCUUGCUACCAUUGGUUUGGCUGCGGAUGAGAAUCCAUUUGGUGUUGUUCUUGGUGGGAUCAUAGGGCAAGCUUUGUGCACAACAGCUGCUGUCCUAGGAGGAAAAAGUUUGGCAAAACAGAUAUCUGAGAAAAUGGUUGCACUUUCUGGUGGAGUUCUUUUUAUUGUUUUUGGAAUUCAAUCCUUCCUCUCAAAGGUUGAUUCAUGAAGAGGUCAAGUCCUUAAGGAAUUGAAGAUGAUCCAGAAUUAUGUUUACAUGUUCUCUUGAAGGUAAAAGGAUCCAGGAACAAUUAAAUUGUGAAGAUUGCUAAACUGAAGUCAUUAUAAUUUUGAUUCGAAGUCAGUGAUCCUGUACAACAGCCUCGAGAGCAAUAACUUCAUGUAAAACUUGAAGACUAACUUGAGCGAAUUUUUAGGCAUUCUUGCCUCUGUAACAACUUUCUUUACCUCUUUUUACUUUGUCAAAGUCCCCCAGACAUCAGCUACUGAUAACUUUGAUACUGUUGGAGGCAUUUUUCAACCAAAUGUUACCAGCUAAUUUCUUUCCAGAUUUUCUCUUUGACUACUAUAGCUUUGGUAAUAUGUAAAUAUGAUAAGACGCAUAAUAUGGCCAAAGAGGAUUCCCCUGUUUCAUUCA